AUGGAUUCCUUCAUCCUGCUGUUUGUGUUCGUAUUGGCGAUUGUUCGGCGACGACGCCGCAAGCGAAAGGCGGGUGUGCGCAAGGACUGCGUCGCCCAUGCGCAUACCUCAAAGAAGAAAGCCAGGUACAGAGUGGAUCCCGCACUUGGCUUUCGCGGUUCGUCGAACGUGCAGGACUAUGUUGCGGAGGAAGGGCACUGCAUGGAGGAGCGCUCUCCGAAGAGAUAUGCCCGGUGGCGACGUCCUCGCUAUGGUUCGCGACCGGUUGGACCCGCUCCUCGCACAAGUGUGCCGGACCGGUUUGAACGGCAAGACGUCACUGUGCCGAAUGCCAUUCCAGAUUGGUUUGGCCAAGCGCAUGUUGCCUCUUCCUCCCGCACGGUGCGAGAUGCUCGCUUCAUGGGGCACGUGCGUCAGCGAGGACUUGCAAACCCUUUUCCGCAGGGCGUAUCCGCACCUCAUCUCGGCUAUGGGUACCGCCCUGUCGUUGUUCACAGGCGAUACAACAUGCAGCUCGUCACGACGCGUGCUCGGUUCUACCGAUCGCGCAAAGAGAUGAACAAGGCAAAACACGCCGAGACGGGCAAUACUGCGACGUCUCGGGAGGACAUAUUUGCUGGCCUGCGACAGUCGGACCCCUUGAUCAUGGACGUCGACGAAGGGAGUGUCGAGGCGAAGGACGCUGUGCAGAGCCCCCCGCUGACGGAGGAGGAUCUGGGUGAUGCCGAGCCUGUUCCGGCAGAGCUUGAGUCGGCGCUUACGACAUGCGAUCAAAAUCGGGACGUCCUGGACAGGCUGCAGUGGUUGCUGCGCUCCGUUCCGGAGCUGCCGCCGCCGGACCUGGAGGCGGACAUCGUGUCGCCCGCGGAGGUGCCGUCCAACUGCGAUGCAGAAGAUGCUGCCGUUGUCGGCAUGACGCCCCCUUCGCGCGUGGCCACGAACAGUCCGACGGAGGCUCCCACUGAUCUUCGCAUGGUCUUGGCGGAGAAGGCGGAAGUGGGCGUCAGAGUUUGA